AUGAUUCUGAAUCAACAGCGGCGCAGAGGCUUGACAGGGCUGCAGAAGAACCGUCGCGGAAAAGACGUUGGGUUGAGAGGGGGGCUGGAAAAGGUAAGAGAGUGGCUGAAGGGGACGAAGGAGAAGAGGAAGGCGGUUCGGGGACGAUCGUGCGCGAAGUGUCGGUGUCUCAGAGAUUCUGCAUUCAUUUCCACCACGUAAUGGCCGUGUGUGCUGCACGAGCUAGGGAAGGGGCAAAUAUGACACCAGAGCAGGUGGCGGCCGAGAUCGGGAGUGCAGCGGACCAUUGGGCAGGAGACCAUUCUGGGUGCUCGCGAGGCUCUGAUAUAUCGAGGUGUGUUGCGGACGAAUGGGGGCCGGAAAGUGCCUUGUACGAACGCGGGGGCACGACACAUGUGCGGUUCAAGGCUUGGGUGUCAGAGAAUUGUGGACCAAAACAGAUGGCACCAUAUGUGUUGGGGGCAAGCAACUGGAUGAACGAGUCUUUCCAUUCACUGAUAUGCAAGUAUGCCCCAAAACGCAUUCGAUUUCAUGGCAGCAUGCGAGCCAGGAUAGGCCUUACAGCGUUGCACUGGAACAACUCGCUUGACCGUGAGGUUAUUGCAACGAAGAUCAGGAUACGUCGUGCAACAAGGGUUCGGCGUGGAAAGACCGACAAGGUUCUUGGACCAAUGAGAUGGGACUGGGUCGACGAGAUUCUGCAUGAUUGGAAUUGCUUGGGUCGGGCAGCAGACUCGGAUGCACCCGUACACCAUACUUCAGAUGCUUCUGCACCAACCACUCCGUGCACACCUGUCCCACAUUCUAGACCCCCUCCCUUCGCCGCCAUAGUUCUGGAUGUGACACCGGCACCUCUGUCCACGCCGCAAAAGCGUCGCAGGACGGGUGGACGGCCUCCGCCACGUGCGCAACGAGCUAUUUUUG